GGAUAAUGGGUAUGAGAAAAAAAUGACGUCUCCCUGUCAAUUGCUGAACCGGAAUUGAUCUCCCUGAUCUAUGUCCAGGUUAGGUUCAGCUAGAAAAAUGGCAGAGAAGAAGAAAGAAAAGGGUGAGGAUACUUUCGAGGUGAUGGACCUUGCAGAUUAUGCCAAGAAACAGCGAUGGUGGAACCGAGUGUUUGGGCAGAACUCUGGACCAAUUGCAGAGAAAUACUCUGUAGCAACACAGAUAGCUAUCGGAGGAGUAACGGGCUGGUGUGCCGGGUUCCUCUUCAAGAAAGUGGGAAAGGUGGCUGCUUCUGCUGUGGGUGGAGGAUUCUUCUUGCUUCAGAUUGCAAACCACACAGGUUACAUUACAGUGGACUGGAAGAGAGUUGAGCAGGAUGUGAACAAGGCAAAGAAACAGCUCAAACUUGGUGCUGAGAAGCCACCAAAAGAAGUCCGAACUAAAGUGGAUGAGGUGACCACAUUCGUAAAGAAGAACAUCGUACUGACCGGGGGCUUUGCCGGGGGCUUUCUGAUUGGACUGGCAUCUUAGGAAUCUCUAUUGUUUUGUAAAACGCCUUUUCUUUUUCAUGUAUCACAAAAUGUAUCUCUUCAAUGUAAAGGAAGGUGAUGGUGUUAUAGCAAGGUAGAAAAAAGGCACAGUAACUGCAAUGUGUUGGAACCACUGCUGAGUUCUAUUCGUACAGGAGUUUGGGGUAUGAUUAGGACUUCUGAACAUGACAAAAACAUGUGUCUAGGUUUAUACAGUGCAUGGACAUUCUGUUCCGGAACCAGUUCACUUGCUGAUUCAAUGUAGUGUAGUUUUGCUUGUGUUGAGCUUUUUUUCUUAGAUGUUUUUUUUUUUUUUUUUUUAAAUGCAGACUUCAGUAAAGAAGGUUUAAUAAAAACAAUCUGCAUUUAGAAUUUGGGCAUUUCGAUUAGGAUAUUCCUGUUCCAUCAUCAAGGCUGUUUUCACCUUCAUCACUCCCUUAUUGUGAUUUUGUUUUUCUGGUAAAGUUUUUUAAAAGUUAGCUUUUAAUAAUGAGUAAGCUGUUAUGGAGCAAAGAGAAUAUCCCAAUAUCAGACCACUUGACUGGAUCUUAUAAUACAGAUUGGAUGCUGAUCACAUACAGGGUAACUAGGAUUGUACCACAUAACUGGCUUUUAUUUGUAUAUGUAUUAGUGUUAAAUAGUUACUUUAAACAAUACAGGGAGAACAGUGCAGUAAAGCUGCCUCUUCUGCAUGUUGGCCUGCUUCGUGAAGAACUGGGGGUGUAACUUACUGUCAUUCCUGUUUAAAAAGGAAUGUGACUGAGAAUACAUGAAGACAUCUGGCACUUCAGUUUACUGUCCCUGAACCCACUUAAUCUAGAACAUAACAAAACCAUACACUACUUCUCUGAAAGCCCAGCACAAGCUACUCUGUUAAGUCUUUGAUUAACAAAGAAAAGUUACUUAAGAUUGAGCUUCACAAGUCACGUAAUUUUAUGAAGUAUUAAAAUAGACACAUGUAAUGGCCAAAUAGUUCAUACUUAAAAAAAUUCUGCAGAUUAUCUAUCUGUGGAAUCGCGUAGCUUGUGCCAAAUAGAUUUGUAUUUAUUAUUUAUUUCGAAGCUCUUGCUUUUACGAUACCCACAACAUAAAGACAGUUUCAGAUGUUUUCACUAUAAUGGGACUUGCAGGUUGUUGUUUUUGUAUUGUUUUUUUCUCUUUCAGAUUAUUGAGAUGCACUGUUGUGUUUGUUAUUAAUAUGCACCACAGUGGAAAAUAAAACUUAAAACAAAAA